UUGAUGUGAGCGGAGCCGAAGUGCGUACUGGAGUGAACUAGCAACCCACUAACAACGAAUGGUGCUUAUUGCCUCAUCCAGGGUGGAUAUGUUCGUGCAUUUGGCUCUGCUACAAGCUUGAAACGAACGUCUUUUUUGUUGUGUCGGUAAUAACAUCCUUUUUUCUGUCAAGCUUUUCACACUGGAUUAGAUAUUGACCAUCUCUUACCGGGACGUGUUCAGUGUUUCCAUGUAUGAGAUCCGAAUACAAUUAAUUAGGCAAAGAAAGCUACAAGACUCGUGAGUGAAACAUCUAUCAGCUCGCCUGGAAAUUAAAAGGUAGACGUGGACUUCACUGGUAGCUGUGUAAGACUCGUUAUGGUAACAUUAUCAGUACAGUAGGCUACAUUCGAUUACUGGACUUAGGCUUUUUUCGGAUUUUCUCAUUGCGGAUUCCUUUUUUUGAAUGGAUAUGUGGUGUAAUAUUAUUGCCCACUGAAGAGGAACAUUGCUUACAACUUGAAAACCAUUUCAUUUGAAUGGAUGGAACGUAUGCGUAAAAUCCAAUUUCUCUAAAACGCCUUAUGAUUUUGGUAUCGGGACGGUGAUGCUGGGAGUAAUUGAACUGUCAAUUUUUUUAGUCUGAUAUUUCAUCUUCAUUGAAACGAUAUAUUUUGUUGGACGUGCUCAUCGGAAUUAUUAUUUUUAUUUAUUUUUAAAUUCUAUAUCUGCAUGGUUUCUCCAUGCAUAGAAAUGGUUGGUCUAUUAUGUCAGUCGUGCCUAUAGUUUGUUCGCUUGAUAUGAACUGCUCAGAUUUACAUGGGUGAAUCAGUGUUUUGAGACAAUUGAGAAUGUUUUCCAAGCUCCAUUAUCCCCCAAAUCGUACGUGUUGCAGUAGACAAGGGAAUGAGGUUUAUCUCAGAAGAGUACAGUGAAGUAAAUAGUCUUAAGACCAUAUCUACAUAAUCGCAUUUAUAUCAGAUACGGGCUUUAAUCGAAACCUAUUCCCGGGGUAACUUUUCGAUAAGAUGAGCAAACUGGAAAAUUGUGCACGUUAUCUCUGACAUGUGUAGGUGUGGGUGAACAUAAGAGGUCUCAGUUAAAUCUAAGGAAAAUUCAACAGGUACAAUGUACGCGAAGGAGAUGGAUUUUAUACAAAUUCUUUGGAUAGUCCUUUUAUGCUGGACUGGGGCUGAUGCGGUUAUCAAUUUGAAAUAUUCGAUCAACGAGGAACAGAAGGCUGGGUACAUCAUAGGAAAUGUGACAAAGGACGCACAGACGCAAGGAUUUGCCAUUGCUCCGCGGGCACCGUAUUUGCGGGUCAUCUCUAAUUCAGAGCCGCGAUGGGUGGAACUCAGCCCAGCUGGACUCCUGCUCACCCAUCAGAAGAUUGACCGGGAUGUUGCUUGUCGACAGACGGCAAAGUGCACUGUCUCUCUGGAGGUGAUGUCAAACUCGAUGGAGAUCUGUGUUAUUAAAGUCGAAAUUGUGGAUUUGAACGAUAAUGCCCCCAGAUUCCCCACCAACCACAUUGACAUUGAAAUAUCAGAGAACGCUUCCCCUGGUACCAGGUUUCCUCUAGAGGGGGCAAGCGACCCGGACUCGGGAAUCUUCGGUGUGCAAUCAUAUUCGAUCACCCCGAAUGAGCUCUUUGGUCUGGAGAUUAAGACCAGGGGAGACGGGUCCAAGAUUGCCGAGCUCGUUGUGCAAAAAUCUUUAGACAGGGAGACCCAGUCUCACUAUUCUUACGAAAUCAGUGCAGAAGACGGCGGGGACCCCCCAAAGAUUGGCGCAGUACAGCUCAAUAUUAAAGUAAUAGAUUCAAAUGAUAAUAAUCCAGUUUUUGAUCAGCCUGUCUAUACAGUCAACGUCAUGGAGAAUUCUCCUAUUAAUACACUUGUAAUUGACUUGAAUGCAACAGAUCCGGACGAGGGCACUAAUGGCGAGGUUGUGUACUCAUUUAACAGUUACGUCACCGAGAAAACGAGAGACGUGUUUAAAAUUGACCCUAGAACUGGUAUUAUCACUGUAAAUGGCCCUUUGGAUUAUGAAACAAAACAUAUUUACGAGAUUGAUGUCCAAGCCAAAGAUUUAGGUCCCAAUUCUAUUCCGGCUCAUUGUAAAGUGACUGUCAAUGUGAUGGAUGCGAAUGAUAACCCACCUGUCAUUAGUUUAUUGUCGGUGAACACGGAGCUGAUUGAAGUUAGUGAGAACGCGCCUCGUGGAUACGUUAUUGCUUUAGUGAGAGUCUCGGAUAAGGACGCGGGCGCAAAUGGCAAGGUGCAGUGUCGACUGCAAGGUAACGUGCCUUUCAGGCUGCAGGAAUACGAGAGCUUCUCAACCAUUCUUGUUGAUGGCAGGCUGGAUAGAGAGCAGAGGGACACGUAUAAUUUAACUAUCCAUGCCGAGGACAGUGGCACUCCCCCUUUACGCGCCACUAAGUCGUUUGUAGUGAAAGUCACCGAUGAAAAUGAUAACCCUCCCCACUUCCUAAAACCCCAUUAUCAAGAGAUGGUCCUAGAAAACAACCUGCCUGGCUCAUCUUUGUUGGCUGUCUCCGCUGUAGACCCCGAUUUAGGCAUGAACGGCACCGUUUCUUACACAAUCGUGCCAAGUGAGAUUAAACACAUGGACGUAAAUACAUAUGUCAGUAUAAACCCUUCAGGGCGUAUUUAUUCCAUGAGAUCAUUUGACCACGAGUACACUAGGACUUUUGACUUCAAAGUUUUGGCAAGGGACCAGGGAAAUCCAUCGUUAUCCAGUAAUGCGACGGUGCGCAUUGUCGUUUUGGAUGUGAAUGACAAUACACCUGUUAUGACCACCCCACCUCUGGUAAACGGCACCGCGGAGGUAUCUAUUCCAAGGAACGCAGGUGUGGGUUACCUGGUGACCCAAGUGAAGGCAAAUGACUACGACGAGGGGGAAAAUGGAAGGUUGACCUAUACCAUAUCGGAGGGAGACAGGCCUUUCUUUGAGAUAGACCAGGUGAACGGAGAGGUGAGGUCCACGAAGAUGUUCGGGGAGCAGGCCAAAUCGACCUACGAGAUCACAGUGGUGGCACGCGACCACGGCAAACCGUCGUUGUCGGCCUCGGCUUACAUCGUUGUCUACCUCUCACCUGACCUGAACGCACAGGAACCUCUUGGACCAGUAAAUCUCUCGUUGAUCUUCAUCAUUGCCCUGGGCUCUAUUGCUGCCAUCCUGUUUGUCACAAUGAUUUUUGUGGCAGUCAAGUGCAAACGGGAUAACAAGGAGAUCCGAACGUAUAACUGCAGUUUCUUCUACUUGCGCAGGGUGGCGGAGUACUCGUACGGGGGCCAGAAGAAGUCGAGCAAGAAGAAGAAGCUGAGCAAGAACGACAUCCGCCUGGUGCCGCGUGACGUGGAGGAGACGGACAAGAUGAACGUGGUGAGUUGCUCGUCCCUCACCUCCUCGCUCAACUACUUCGACUACCACCAGCAGAGCCUGCCACUGGGCUGCAGGCGCUCCGAGAGCACCUUCCUCAACGUGGACAGCCAGAACUCGCGCAACGCCGCGCCCAACCACGGUGGCUAUCAGCAGCACCCCUUCGCCGGCGGGCAGGGCCCUCAGCAGCCCGACCUCAUCAUCAACGGCAUGCCCCUGCCAGAGACAGAGAAUUAUAUCGACUCCAGCUAUGUGAACAGCCGAGCACACCUUAUCAAAAGCACCUCGACGUUCAAGGACCUGGAGGGCAACAGCCUGAAGGACAGCGGGCACGAGGAGAGCGACCAGACGGACAGCGAGCACGACGUCCAGAGGGGCCACUAUAUAGACACGGCUGUCAACGACGUGCUGAACAUGACCGUACCCCCGAAUGUGUGCCAGCUGCCCGACCAAGGUAGGAGAAAAGACCCCAGCGAAGGCUUCCACUGCCAGGAAGAGUGUCGUAUUUUGGGUCACUCGGAUCGCUGCUGGAUGCCCCGCGUGCCCGCCCCGGCCCGAGGCAAGUCGCCGGACCACUGCCACCCGCGCAACAACGUCAUCGCCCUCUCCAUCGAGGCCACCACCGUGGAUGUGCCUCACUACGAGGACUGCGGCACCGGCGGGACCAUCAAAAGGACUUUUGCCACGUUCGGCAAGGAUGGCCCGGAGGACCCUGAGCGGGGCGAGCUAAGGGGCAACAAGCGCACGCCGAUGGAGUCACAGACGUGCAGCCCCAAGGCCAAUGGCGGCGCGGUGCGCGAGGCAGGUAACGGACGCGAGGCGGCCAGCCCCAUCACGUCCCCUGUGCAUGUCAGGAGCCCGCUGGCCAAGGCAUCGUCCGGCUACAGCACGCUCAAAUGCCGCGACGCCGAGCGCAUCGCCAACCACAGUCUGCUGCGGCAGCCCGAGGGGAAAGACAGCGAGCCUGCCGUCCGGGAGAUCAACACCCUCCUGCACGACGGCCACCUGGAGAAGGAGUCGCCCAGCAGCAAGCGCCUGAAAGACAUCGUGCUCUAACGGGCGUCAAAGGGGAGCCUGCACUCACGCACGAACACUCACUCGCACACACGCACACACCCACAGUGUAAACAAACAGUUAUAUAUACUCCGUCAUAGAUGUGUACGCUGGAGAAAGUUGAGCGGAGGAUGGAAAGAACGAGAGAGAGACAAACAUCCUAAGCAGCAGUAGUUUACAGGUCUGGCGAAGGCCAGUCGCUGAACGUCACUUGAAUAUGCAGAGCUUUGUGUUGUGUUCCUGGAAAAAUGCGAAGGCAGUGGACGUGGCUUUGUCGUAGUCGCAGUACUUUUCUCGUUUGCUUUUCCGUUCGUUUUCUGUUGACGCUGUCUGCAGCCAGCCUGCAGGCCGGCUAAUGUUGACUGCCCAACGUGCCCCCUGGUCACGGCCAAUCGCGCGCCCUUUCAUGAGACGUCGGUUCGGCCUCUUUCACCCACCGAGGUGAAGGUGCCGUUUCGGACUCACAAGGACCGGACACCUACGGCGACGGAUAUACAAGUACAGUUAUGCCUUUUGAACUUUUUUUGUAUCACUAACUGAGAUUGCCUUCUUUGGUUUGCAGUUUGGUCUCGGCUGCCAAAUCGACUUGUCAUUUCCUUUUUAGAGUAAGCUUCCCACAAUGCAACAGAUGGCAACCGCCAGAGAGACAAACGUGCACUGGAUUCUUCAUCUCUGAACCAUUGCCUCCAUGUGCAUCUUGAACAGUGCUCAGCAGUGAAGAUGGAUAAGGGAGAGAGGGGGAGGGAAAGGAAAUACAUUCCCAGUCCAAUUUUUCUUUCACCAAGUCUGAUAAGAGAAUCCGUAUUCUCUGUAUACACCCCCGGAAGACAUCCCGGUGUCAUCGGACUGUGAGGUCUGCAAAGUAUUUAUGGUUUAUCACCGAUGGAGCUAAAUGAACUCUCGCUAUCUACCCAAGCACUCUGAACACUGAGAAGCGGGACGGGCAGAUUGCUUCCGUCACAAACGAACUGUACUGAAGGGGGGUAAAAUACUUUUCAAAUCUCCUGUGCCCAUUCUUGAUUGUAGCCUGUGGAGCACAAUUAGAAACUUUGUGCUCUGGUCUUGUACUUUUUCUGACUUUUGAUUAUGGGACUAGGAUAGAAGGGAUCGUCACUCACGUCUUGCUAUGUGAAACUCUGUAUAGGGUUUGCUAUUAUCAUUUUUAAUAACCUGUUGUUAUGUGACAAUCCCUUUAAUGUUUUCUUUCAAGAGUUAAAAAAAACAAAAGCAAAUAAACAUUGGUGUUCAACUGAAGCUACAGUAGCGUUUGUUACACAAACACAAAAAGAAAAAAACAUAUAUGCCAAAAUAUAUUUUAUAAAUAAUUUAAAAAUGUAUCAUGAGAAUAUUUAAGGCCGUGUAGUUAUUUUAUCAGUAAGUUAUACUUGAAAUUAACUGGCUUUUGUUUAUUCUUUGUUUUGGGAGGGGUGGGCUUUUCUAUUGAUUAUAUUUUAUUUUAAAAAUGAAAUUUGAUUUUUGUUUUGUUUACCGUGUUACCCCUGGCAACUGUUGACUUGCAGUCUACCUUGUUGUAAAGACUUUCUUAUUGGUCCGUUCUUGUGCCAUCAAGUUUCUGUGUGGGCAAAUAGAAAAUGUAAAAAUAAAAAAAAAGCAACUUCAGCACCAACAGUAGUGUGUCAGUUCAAUGAGCUUAGAGUGAGAUAGCAAAAGAAACCAAAAAAGAAGCAAACAAAAGCUUAAAGAUCGCUUAAUCUUAAUAGUUAAGUACAAUGAAAAGGGUUAAAGCUAGUUUUUUUUUUUUGUUAAGCUAAUGAGAUGAUUCCACCUAUUUCUGUGUUUCUGUAUUUGGGCUAAAGUUUCCAGUUAGUAACGCACCUCAGAAGUGGUCUCAAUGAUAUGAAAAGGACUGUAGGCCCUGUUGACACUUCCAAGUAAGAGGCUAAGGCAGACUAGCAUAGUAGCGUUGCUUAACUGCAGUGUCAUCAACUACUAUCUCCUUUUAAUUGAGUUUUAAAAUACAAUUUAAAAUACAAAGAAUAGCCAGAGUUUUACCUUGCAGUCACAACCAAACAGAUUUGGUGGAAUCAUGUGUUUGAAGGCAAUGCAGGUCUUUGAAGAACCGCAUUGCAAAUCAGCAAUGCGGUUUUCAGUUGCUUUGCAGUUACACUUUGUAAAACAUGGAAAAAUGUGAAUGAAAAAAGGACAAAAUUGCAUACAACGAAAUAGAUGAUGUAGCUGAAUGUUUUUUGCUGGUCUCACCCAUGGCUUCUGGCAACAUGAAAAUCGGAAUAAUCACUGAAUGUAUACAGCAGCUUGUUAUUAAACUAUUAAAUGUU